CUAGCCGAUGGGCGGGGCUUAAUCCGCUCCCUGCCGAACCGCCCCGUCAUUCAGCGACUGUCAAACCGGCGGAGACACAACACUGCCAGGUGUGAAGGAAGUUGUGUCGAACAUCAGCCAUGGCAUUCAGUAAAGGAUAUCGCAUCUAUCACAAGCUGGACCCGCCACCCUACAGCGUGAUCGUGGAAACGAGGAAUCGGGACGAAUGCUUGAUGUUCGAGUCGGGUGCAGUGGCUGUGCUGUCGGCUGCAGAGAAAGAGGCCAUCAAAAACACAUACACCAAGAUGCUGGACGCUUAUGGUGUACUAGGAGUUCUUCGUCUUAACCUCGGGGACUCCAUGCUCCACAGUCUGGUGGUGGUGACGGGGUGCAGUUCAGUGGGGAAGGUGCAGGAUUCGGAAGUAUUCCGGGUCACAGCCACAGACUUCGUUUCUCUGAAGAAUGACCCAUCGGAUGAGGACAGGAUCGCUGAGGUGCGGAAGGUUUUAAACUCUGGGAGCUUUUAUUUUGCCUGGUCGUCCACUGGAGUGAGCCUGGACCUCAGUCUGAAUGCACACCGCAGGAUCAGAGAGGACACUUCAGACAAUCGCUUUUUCUGGAAUCAGUCUCUGCACCUGCACUUAAAGCACUAUGGGGUGAACUGUGACGACUGGCUGCUGAGGCUGAUGUGUGGUGGAGUGGAGAUCCGCACUAUCUACGCUGGCCACAAGCAGGCCAAGGCCUGCGUCAUCUCGCGCCUCAGCUCAGAGCGGGCAGGCACACGCUUCAACGUCCGAGGCACCAACGACGACGGCCAGGUGGCCAACUUUGUGGAAACAGAGCAGGUCAUUUUCCUUGAUGACAAAGUGUCAUCCUUUAUUCAAAUUCGUGGAUCGAUACCUCUGUUCUGGGAGCAGCCAGGUAUACAGGUCGGCUCCCACCGUGUCAAGCUGUCCCGCGGCUUUGAGGCCAACGCGCCAGCUUUUGAGAGGCACUUCACAGCUCUGCGGAGGCUCUAUGGCAAGCAGGUGAUCAUUAACCUGCUGGGCAUGAAAGAGGGAGAGCACAUGCUCAGCAAAGCUUUCCAGAGUCAUUUAAAGGCCUCUGAGCAUGCCAACGCUGUGAAGAUGUUGACCUUCGACUACCACCAGAUGGUAAAGGGAGGGAAGACGGAGAAGCUGACCACGGUACUGAAACCACAGAUCAGCAAGUUCCUGGACGAGUGUGGCUUCUUCUAUUACUCUGCUGAGACUGGUAUUGAGAGAUGCCAGACUGGAACCCUUCGAGUCAAUUGUCUGGACUGUCUGGACAGAACAAACAGUGUCCAAGCCUUCGUUGCACUUGAGAUGCUGCCCCAACAACUAGAGGUCAUGGGGCUUACAGAGAAACCCCAGCUGGUAGCACGCUUUCAGGAGGUAUUCCGUACCAUGUGGUCAGUCAAUGGAGACUCUGUCAGCAAGAUCUAUGCUGGCACAGGUGCUCUGGAUGGCAAGGCAAAGGGGGGAAAGCUGAAAGAUGGAGCGCGUUCGGUCACCAGGACCAUCCAGAACAAUUUCUUCGACAGUUCUAAGCAGGAGGCUAUUGAUAUUCUGAGGCUGGGCAGCACUCUGAACAGUGAUCUGGCCGAUAAAGCUCGAGCUCUCCUUACUACCAGCAGUCUGUAUGCCUCUCCUAGAGUGUUGCUGGGAAUGUGUCAGAGCCAUCACAAGUACACCAGGCCUAAAAAGAUUCGCGUGUGUGUGGGCACGUGGAAUGUGAAUGGGGGCAAACAGUUCCGCAGCAUCGCUUUCAGGAACCAGACCCUCAAUGAUUGGCUGCUGGACGCUCCCAAGAUAGCUGGCCACCCCGAGUUCCAGGACAACAAAGUCCAUCCUCCAGAUAUCUUUGCCAUCGGCUUUGAGGAAAUGGUGGAACUGAAUGCUGGCAACAUAGUCAGUGCAAGCACCACUAAUCAGAAGCUGUGGGCAGCAGAGCUGCAGAAGAACAUCUCACGGGACCAUAAGUAUGUACUGCUUGCCUCAGAGCAGCUGGUGGGGGUCUGCCUCUUCGUCUUCAUUCGGCCCCAGCAUGCUCCUUUCAUCAGGGAUGUCGCUGUAGACACUGUCAAGACUGGCAUGGGUGGAGCCACUGGGAACAAAGGGGGCGUGGCUAUUCGUAUGCUCUUUCACACCACCAGUAUCUGUUUCGUGUGCUCCCACUUCGCUGCUGGACAGUCACAGGUCAAGGAGCGAAAUGAUGACUAUGCCGAGAUUACCCGCAGACUCUCAUUCCCUAUGGGCCGUCUGCUGUACUCCCAUGAUUAUGUGUUCUGGUGCGGAGACUUCAACUACCGGAUCAACAUACCCAACGAAGAGGUAAAAGAACUGAUCAGGCAGCAGAACUGGGAUGCCCUCAUCGCUGGGGACCAGCUUGUGGAACAGAAGAAUGCAGGCAUGGUGUUCAGGGGCUUCAUUGAAGGAAAGCUGGACUUUGCUCCCACUUACAAGUAUGACCUCUUCUCUGAUGACUACGACAGCGAGAAGUGCCGGACGCCGGCCUGGACCGACCGUGUGCUCUGGAAGAGGAGGAAGUGGAACUUUGAUAGAACUGCUGAAGAGAUGGAGCUGAAUGUAGUUGGAGCUCCAGUAAGUGAAGAAGAUCAGCACCCCUGGAGCCCAGGAGAGCUGAAGUACUAUGGCAGAGCAGAGCUCAAGACCUCAGACCACAGGCCAGUGGUGGCUGUCAUAGACGUGGACGUUCUUGAAGUGGACCCGGAAGCACGUCACCAAGUGUAUAAAGACGUGAUCGCUCUGCAGGGUCCUCCCGAUGGCACCAUCCUGGUCUCUCUGUGCAGCUCUGGGCCUGAUGACUACUUUGAUGAUGCCCUGAUAGAUGAGCUACUGGACAAGUUUGCUAACUUUGGAGAAGUCAUUCUGAUCAGAUUUGUGGAGGAAAAGAUGUGGGUGACGUUUUUGGAGGGGUACUCUGCCCUGGCCGCGCUCUCACUGAGUGCCUCUACUGUGAUGGGGAAGACCAUCGACAUCCGUCUGAAAAGCCCUGGUUGGAUCAAGAGCCUAGAAGAGGAGAUGAGUGUGGAGAGGAUCUGUGGCAGCAUCCCCACCUCAGCUAGCUCCACACUGCUUGCUGAGGAUACUAUCAUGGGAGAUGAGUUCGACAUGGAGGGUGAUGUGGAUGAGGAGAUAGAGGACAUUCUCCCUCAGCACCUGCAGCCCGGGCUGGGCAUGGGUCCUGGAACAUCGCCCGCUGCCUCUCCUCGCUCCAGUCCCUGCCCCUCCCCGACUCAUGGGGAGCCCGCCCCUCCCUGCCGGCCGAGCAGAGCCCCCCCACGCACAGCCGGACCACCACAAGGUUCUCCUGUGGAAAAUCAAGCAGUAGGAGCUCCUCCAUCCCAAGGACUGGAACCAAAACGCCCCCCUCCUCCACGCCCCAACGCUCCCCCUGCCAGACCUGCACCCCCACAGCGCCCCCCACCACCCUCAGGACGUGGCCAAUCUGCUGGAGCUCCAGGCGUCCCAAGGCCGAACAUCCCUCCUAGAGCAGGAGUCAUCAGUGUGCCACCUCAGUCCCGACCACCUCCUCCCGCUCACCCUGGAGCUCCCAGACCCAUAGCUGAAGUUCACCCCGGGGCCCCUCGACCUGCCCCAGACAACCACCCAGGAGCCCCAAGACCCAUCCCAGAACCACAGACCAAACCAGCAGAGCUCCCUCUGGGUCCUCCUCCAUCUCUUCCUGGCCCCAUGAGGCCACAGAUGGCCUCUCCCAUGCAGCCUCAGGCCACUUCCCCCAUGCAGCCAUCGAUACAGUCACAGCUGCCGCCGCCCAUGGUGCCCCAGCUGCCCCCACCCAUGCAGCCCACUUUGGCUGCCCCCCUGCAGCCUCAGCCAGCUGCUGCAGCCACAGGAGCAGCCGCCCCUCCUCAGCCUGGUCUGGCUUCCCCCAAGCCCCCACCCCGUAGCCGCUCCUCACAUGCUCUUCCACCUGAGGCUGCUGCUGCUCCUGCCCCUGCACCUGCCCCUGCUCCUGCUCCUUCCUCUCAGACCAAUGGAAUGAACGGAAUCCAAAGAGAAGCACAAUGGAAAGCAGACCCCUUGAACUCGCUCACCUCCGACCUGUUUUCCUCCACAUCCUGGCUGAACACCAAUUCCCUGUCACGGAGCAGCUCCCUCCACACCUCAUCCUCCAGUUCCAUUUCUUCCUCGUCCACCUUGCCUGCCUCCCUGUCCCUGGAUUCCACAUCUCUGUUUUCCCUGCAGACCCCAACAGCGGCUCCACUCCCCAACGCCUUCGCCUCUUUGCUGGCCCCUCCUCCACCUUCCCGCAGCCGCUCGCAGGAAACCCUCCGCUCCUCCCCGAACCCUUUCCUGUCUGACCUCCAGCCGAGACCCAACAGCACCAACCCAUUCACCAGCACUCUGGCCGCACCCCAGCGCCGCUCACUCACGCCCGACUUCUAUGCCCAGCAGCAGGCCGAGGCGUCCAAGCCUGCCUUCCCCAGGCCUGGAUCAGCCUUGGGCCACAGCGCCACCCUCCCCAACUCAUUCUCCAGACCUCCACUCACAGCUCCAGCUCCCGCAUCAGCGCCACCAAAGCGCGCCCAGCAGUGGGUCACCUUUGACGACGAUUCGGACUUCACCAAAUCAGGAAAAGCUCCAGCAACAGCAGAAGCGACAGGGCCUUCUCUGCUGUCUUUGUCCUCCAGCGCAACAUUCCAGCAGCCCCAGAGCAUCUCUGGCUUUGACUCUCACAGCAACUGGGCGAUCCCUUCCAACAUAGCAUUCCCAACACUGCCCCCUCCCGUCCCAGUCAGGACUAAUCCCAACGUCACCACAAGGAACCCUACGAUCCCCGGCAGAACCAACGAGUUCACAGAAAGAUGAUGAUAAUAUAUUGUGUAACGCUCGACUGAGGUGUGCGUGGGAAAACAAGUGGAAUAUAAUUCUGUAUUUGCGUAUGGUUUGUAUAAAAGUGUGCUGUUUCUGAACUGUUGAGUUGUCCUGCUGAAAUGGCUCAGUCACUUCUUUUAACCCAGAGCAGGCCUAAGUACAACACAACACACUCCUGUUAUCUUUAAAUCAUGGUGGGCAAAGAACUGGUGCCUGUAUCUGUACACAUAUUUAUGAAUACGUAGACACGCACACAGCUGUACGUGAAAUACUGUGCAAUAUUUUAGCGUUCUUUGGCCAGAUGCUUCUUAUCACGUAUAAUAUCCUUUAAUUUUAUGCAUAUUUUUGGCAUUAAGCGUUUAAAAGAUAGUUGGAAAGUUGCAAAAUUGCAGAUGUCUCCUUGGGAACAUAACUGUUUUGCACAUUAUACUGGAUCUUCGACAGAAUCUUGAAAGGAGAGAGCCAUUUCCUGCAGCACCUUUUAAUGCGGCCUCUAGAGUUUUAACGAUAAUAGUUGCAGGAUUUGGUGGUUCUUUAAACCCGUCGCAUAAUUUCUCUCUCAUUAUGAAUGUAUGUUUAGUCUGUUAUAUUGUCUACAUUUUUACCACCCUGUGUGGUGGCAGCUUACGUCACUGUGCUUUCUGGAUGGUUACACUCGCUGUGUCUGAUCAUACAGGCCCACUCUUCUCUCUGUACUCUCUUGUAUCUCCAGACCAACGUGCUAAGUAUAUAAGUUGUGAAUAUAUAUAUUAUUAUAGCCUACAUAGUGAAUUGUAUGUUUUUUUUUCCCAGUAUGAAAAAUGUAAACUAGUCUAAAAUGUGUACAUAUAAUUUUUUGUUCUUAAUAUAUACCUGCCAUACUGGUAAUGCACUGAAAAGCUCUAUCCUUUAGGUCUUCAAGUGUCUGUUGAAGCCAGAGUUUUUGAGUUUUCAGGUUUAUGAUGAGACGGCAUAUCUGUUUAUCUGUUUUCCUGGCAUGAGGGCUGUAUCUGUGCCCCUUUUCCCUGAACAGCGGUUGGUUCUUGUGUUUCAUCUGUUCCAAAGCUUUUAACAGUGCUACUGUACUUUUAAUGAAUGUGCUUGUUUUAGUGAGUUCUGGUGUCUUCGAUGCCGAGAUGAGGGACCCUCGCCGUAGCCUAAAGCUGUGGGGGUGUAUUCAUGGUCGUGCUUUUUUCUCAGUGAGCUGGUACUUCGCUUUCAGUUCGGGGGUAAAGUUCUUCAAAUAUACACCGAUCAGGCAUAACAUUAUGACCACCUCCUUGUUUCUACGCUCAUUGUGCAUUUUAUCAGCUCCACUUACUAUAUAG